AUGUUCCUGACUCACUGUAUGAUGGGAUGGAUUGUGUUGGCAGCUCUUAGCUUCUGCCUGCCUGUGUGGAGCACUCCGAAAGUGACCCAGCCCUACAGAGUGGUCAGCACCAAUGGUGUGGCACAGAUUCAGUGUGCUAUUCAUCCACAAAGCCUGAGAUACCCAUACCCUGAGGAGGUCAGAGUCGCUGUGCUGAAGGGCCUCCAUGGCCAACAAGAACUCUGCUUCUCCAUCCUUAACUUCACGGACCCGAGAGAGACACGUAUGGAGCAAAAAGAACAGGUGGAGUGCACUGCUGAGACCACGCACGACACUGUGGAGGUGACGCUCUCUGGCCUGAAUGUCACUGACACAGAUAUGUAUCGCUGUGAAAUACAGAUCGUCUACCCGCCACCGUUCCUGCGGCUUAUUGGCAACGGCACACUCAUUCAUGUCCUCGACAGCUCCAGCUGCCCCGUGCAGGAAGCUCAGAGGCAAAGUCACCACCAGGGUGAAGAGGAGGGAGAUGAUGAUAACACGGCACCUGUCAGUGUUCCUGUGGUCGUCCUGGUGAUCGCAGUCAUUUGUGUCUUAAUCAUCAUCAUCUACUUUCAGACUGUCCAGUGUGAACGGGGGAGGAGAGAAAUGUUGAGGCCGUGGCCGGGCACGCUUCAUAAGGUGGACGGAGCUUCAGGUCCGUGUGAAAACAUCGUGUGUAACAUGUGA